AUGAACUACGCGUCGUGGAUAGAGGAGAAGAAACUCAAGAAAACCUUCAUUGUAGCUACAUUAGCCUCCACUCUCGUCGGCACCUUUACGGCGUCUCUAGGUCUAUGGGAGCGCAUUGCGGACAGACGUGCUCAGCACAGACAGAAACAGCGCGAUAUUAAACAGGAUGGCGAGAUCAAGGAGUUGAAGAUGCAGUUUGAGGAAGCCCAGCAAAAGGCAGAAAAAAGACAGGAGGAGAUUGAUCGGCUCCGCAACGGCCGAGGACGAGAUGAUGUAGGAAGCAACUUUGAGAGAGACAUGAUGAUGGUGCAGAGAAUGUACGAUCAAGGCUACGGUCGUAUUGGCAGCCGAUUCGCGCAAGGCGAUCCAAUCAUUGAGAACCAGCUACAAGCGCAAAUCAUAGCGCUCCAGCAGACAGUGAUUAGUGUACUCCAAGACGCUCUUUAUAGCGAUCGUCAACUCACCCGCGCUGACAUGGCGAAAUUAAUUAACGCCUCCAACGAAGCUCGCGAAAAUUCCCUCGAAGCCCUCCGGCAAGCUCAACAGCGAUUGGGAGGUUCACAGGUCAGCAACGGCUCUCAUCGAUCUGCAUCGCCCUUGCGUUCUCUUCCGCCUCCACAACGCGCUCCUUCCGCUGUUCUAGAUGGACCCGAGCAACUCUUUUGCCCUUAUGCUCUAGAUAUCCAACGCAUGCAAAAUAAGCCCCUGGCCGCCAGCUUCGCCCCAGGAGGCAGCUGUGUAUGUCCCGCCUGUGGCCUCCAACUCGACGUCACCAGCGAGGACUUUUGGAUGAUUGGAAAACGCACGCCCAUCACCGUCUGGGACAAGACCACCGGCUACGAAUCCGAGGUAUUCGACACCCGUGAGUUCCGUCUCGCACAGCGCUUCGUUGUCCAGUGUCAUACCCCAGAUGGCGAGUAUGCGUGUACAAUCUGUAGCAAAGGUCAUGAAGUAGAUGCGAUUUGUCGAACUGUGGAGAGUCUAGUUAAGCAUGUAGGCACAUACCAUGAUGCAGCUGAACUGGAACGCGAACCAGAUCUGAGGGAAGUAAAGGUGGAGACUAAGCGGUUGAGCUUACCGGCGCCCCCGCCGCUAUCAAGUGAACCACGACCAUUACUCAGGGAGGAAGUGAUUUAUCGCUGA